AUGAAGUUAUCUCCUGGUCUGCACAAGCUUUCUCAGGCUAUACUGGUUGACAAGUCCCAGCAAAGCGCCAGGAACCGGCUGGAAGAACUUACAGAAAAGACGACAAAGGCGAUUCCCAACUACUACCUUGAACAUGAACCAUCCGCAUCCGAAUGGCUCGCAUCGCUCGUGCCUACGAAAGAAGGCACAUACCAAUAUCUUCACAGCCUCUUCCCUUCCAUCGGCUGGGUACCUCGCUACAACUGGCGAUGGUUAUUGGCAGACUCCAUAGCAGGACUUACAGUCGGCCUGGUGGUUGUGCCCCAAGCAAUGGCAUACGCCCUGCUCGCCACGUUAAGCCCGGACUUUGGCUUGUACACGUCCUUCGCGGGGGCCGCAACCUAUUGGCUGUUUGGCACUUCCAAAGAUAUCGUCAUUGGUACAACCGCCGUCGGUUCACUCCUCGUUGGCAAUGUGAUUACUAGUAUACAGGACUCACACCCAGGAGUUUACACCAAUGAAGAGAUUGCAAAAACACUCUCAUUCAUAACUGGGGCGAUGCUCCUGGCAAUUGGCCUGCUACGACUUGGAUGGGUCGUCGAAGUCAUACCAUACAUCCCGAUUUCUGCAUUUAUCACAGCUGCCAGCAUAACGAUCAUGUCGACUCAAUUUCCCGUCAUGAUGGGCAUUCCUGGGAUCAAUACACGAGAAGAGCCGUACAAGGUAAUUAUCAACUCGCUACGAAACCUUGGAAACACUCAGCUCGACGCUGCUAUCGGUAUUUCUUGUCUCAUACUGCUGGACUUGAUCAAGAGAAUUUGUGCAAAAAUGGAGGUCCGCCAACCUUCACAUCAACGCUUGUGGGCAACGAUUUCGUGCUUGCGGCUGUCGUUUGCCAUGCUAUUUUAUACCUUCAUUAGCUGGCUGGUGAAUCGAGGAUUGCCCAAGGGCGAGAGUGAGUUUCGGAUCGUGGGAACGAUACAGUCAGGUUUCAAACACGCAGGAGUCCCAAGGCUCGACGCUGAGCUAGUCCGACUUGUUAUUCCACAGACUCCGAUUAUGAUGGUCAUCCUGGUGAUCGAGCAUAUUGCGAUUGCGAAGAAUUUUGGCAAGCAAUUUGGCUACCAGGUGAUCCCAUCCCAAGAGAUCAUGGCUCAAGGUACGGCAAAUCUGUUGGGUCCUUUUCUGGGUGGCUAUGCCUGUACUGGGUCCUUCGGAGCCUCUGCCGUUCUCGCCAAAGCUGGAGUCAAGACUCCGCUUGCCGGUCUUUUCAGCGCCCUCGUUCUCUUGCUAGCACUCUAUGCGCUGACGGCCGUCUUUUACUACAUCCCCAGAGCGGCGCUCGCUGGCCUAAUCAUCCACGCUGUGCUGAACUUGGUGGCGUCUCCGAAAACAUGCUACAAAUAUUGGCGAAUUUCCCCCUUCGAAUUCCUGAUCUGGAUCGUUGGGGUCGUUGUUGCCAUAUUUACCGGGCUGGAAACAUCCAUCUAUACCACUAUCGGUCUCUCGUUAUUCCUCCUAAUUGUUCGAAUCGCUCGCACAAACGGACAAUUCCUUGGGCGGGUACCAAUUUGGCAGGUCGCCGUCGAUCUUGGCGCUGACGGAGACGCGCAAAACGAGAGACCUCAACAGAAUCAGUCUGAGAUAGAAGUUCGAGACGCCUAUAUCCCCAUGGACCGGAAGGACGCUUCUAAUCCGGAGGUAAUAGUCCAGUCACCUUAUCCAGGAGUGUUUGUGUAUCGCUUUCCCGAGGGCUUCAACUACCUCAAUAAAACAUUGCACCUAAACAAUCUCACCGCCUAUAUUCUCAAACACACUCGACGCACGACGAAAGAGGAGAAUGUGAAAUCUCACCAACUGCUAUGGUGCGAAUCAAGAGCAUCGCAAAAUAUAGACACAAGUUUACCGAUCCUGCGAGCCAUUGUUCUCGACUGCUCAUCAGUGAACAACAUCGAUAUCACAGGUGUCCAAGGACUGAUCGACGCAAGGAAUGCCUUGGACCGCCAUGCAGCCCCGUCCCUGGUUGAUUGGCACUUCGCGGCGCUGUGGAACCGAUGGUCUCGACGAGCUCUUGCAACAGCAGGAUUUGGCUAUCCUGCGAAAAGAAGCCAGUUCGCACUGGGCAAUUGGACCCCAGUAUACUCUCUCACAAGCUCCUUCGCCGGGGCAGUGCCUGAAGACGCUUGCGCUGAGGCCAAAAAGAAGGAGCAGCUGGCGAAGACAGACUGCGAGAGCAAAGUAGAAAGAGUGAAGUCGGACGAAAACAAUGAAGACGACCUUGAAGUGAUCCUGAAUUGCGAGCAACGGGUUCGGUCACUGGGGGAAGAUGGCACAGCAGCACUCACGAAAGCGGCGCCGCUCCGACCAGUUUUCGGCCUUGACCGACCUUUCUUCCACAUAGAUCUUGGGCAAGCCGUGUCGGCCGCCGUGCGCUGCGCAAGAAUGAGUGAUUGA